UUCUCUCUCUCUUUUAUGUCACCAAAUAUUUAGAACACAUUCCAAACCAGCUUUCUUAUUGCCUCUGCCUCCUCCACAGCCUGUCAAACCUGAAUUAUUAGCACCAGGGAUUCUAAUUUUAUAGUCAGAGGCUGUUUGCUUUACUGUUUCUUCCAAAGCAAACCAAAGGGAAGGGAUAUUUUUGGUGAUUUGAUUGGAGGCUUUGUUCAUAUUCAUCAGGGAAUUGGAAACUGGAAACUGGAAACAAAGCUUUGGCUUUGGCAUGAAGAGCACAGAAGAAGAACAUGUUCAAUGAUCAUCCUCCUCCUGGCUGCUCUUUCUCUAUCAGGCAUGGGAACAAGACUUGAACCCACUUUCAAGCCUUUACCCAACUCUGCCCACACUACCAACACCUUCAUAGUUCGAAGAGUGCAUGACUGGCACCAUUUUCAGGGCUCAACAACAAGGCUUCCCCACAAAUUCUAUACUUCUGCCAUGACUGGAUCACUUGACAAGAUGCUGCAAAAAGGAGAUGUGGAUGCCAUAAGAAAGACAAUGCAGGGGCAUGAAGAUGUGUUCAAGAAUCAGGAACUCCAUCGGCUGUAUAGUGUUCAGAAGAUGCUGAUGGAAGAGGUGAGGAGAAAAUCAAUGAACCAUUUGCAGUUCAAAAACAGGGAAAAUCAAACAGAACAGAGCAGUGGAGGGGGACUGAUUUUGAAGCUUCAAAGCUUCAGAUCAGAUGAUCCGAGCAGUGGGAGCUGUUCUGGAGACAACAUGAGAAUAAUGUCAAGAGGGUUUGAUCUUGAAAGGCCUGCAGAGGAGGACAUGUCGACGGGAGUUAGCGCUGUUGAUGAAGACCGAGCCGGGCCGAGCAAGAUGAACACAGGUGAUGGUUGUGAAGAGGAAGACAGUGAUGUUGAGCUAACUCUAAGCAUUGGUGGUAGUGUCAGGAAGAAGAGAUCAAAAUCAGAAAGAGGUGAAGAAUGCAGUGACCCAAGCACACCCAUGAGCAGCUCAAGUGGAACAUGUGAUCAGGAAACAAAACGGCCACAUUGGCUGUUCCAAAGUUUAAAGCUCAAGUAGAAGAAGCUGAUAACAAGAACAGGUUCACAUUAUUAACAAAAUUUUAUCCAAUUGAGAUUCUAAUAAAAGGGAUGUCUGAGAUGCCCAUUUGUGGCUGCAUAUACAACUCUUGUUUUU